AUGAAUACGGCUCGUUUUCGAAUUGCAGGCAAUGACUCGAACGCUCAAGACUCGACAUAUGCCGAUGAGACAAACGACAAUGGAUCUAUUGUUAAUGUUGCCUGGACGUACCCCGAUGGUGGUCGACAAGCCUGGGGCUGUGUCCUGGGAUCUUUUUUUCUUAUGUUUCCAUCUUUUGGAUUUGAGGUUGCCCUCGGCACUGUGCAAGACUACAUAGCUACGCAUCAGCUCUCUGACUAUAGUCUCAGCGAUGUUGGGUGGAUCUCAGCUAUUCUCGUUUUUCUAACUCUAUUUCUUGGUGUGCAAGUCGGUCCCUUGUUUGAUCGAUAUGGCCCGAGAUAUUUACUUAUUUUGGGGACAUCGGGAAGCUUUUUAUCAUAUAUUUUACUUGCUCAAUGUACAAGGUACUGGCAGUUUGUGCUCUGUUUAAGUAUACUUGGCGGAGUCUCAUCGGCAAUCGUAACGACAGUCGCAAUCGCGGUACUCAGCCAUUGGUUUCAUCGCCGCCGUGCUCUCGCCAGCGGGAUCUGCAUGGGUGGUAGUAGUGCCGGCGGGGCUAUUAUCCCGCUCCUGUUGAGGUAUACAUUUCCAAACUAUGGAUGGGCUUGGUCAAUGCGUAUAAUCGCUUUCAUUUCUGCAGCCUGUUAUCUUGCUGGCACCAUACUUGUUCGCGGCCGCCUCCCGUUGGUGCGUAGCACGGCUGCUCCUCGGGCUGUGGUAGACGUUCGUGCCUUUGCUUCUGCACGCCUGUCAUUUCUGGCACUCGCAGUAUUCAGUUUCGAGUUCAUUAUAUUUGGCUGUGCUGCUCUUUUGCCAACGUAUAUUCGAUACUCUUCUUCUACUGGAAGUUCAGAAAGCGAGCUGCCAUCUGAUAUGCAAUUCUAUGUUCUGACUGUUUUGAAUAGCAUGUCUUUUCUUGGCCGCACCAUUCCAGGAUUCUUCGCUGAUAAAAUGGGAUGUUUCAACGUCCUAUUACUUCUUGUGAUAACUACCCUAGUCACAAUGGGAGCUAUCUGGGUGCCCGUUGGCUCUCAUUCUUCGGCAUCGGUUCUCUAUGUAAUUGUCGCACUUUUCGGUUUUGGAUCAGGCGGUUGGAUAUCGCUUGCACCCGUCUGUGCGGGUCAAUUAUGUCGUACAGAUGAAUAUGGCCGAUUUUAUGGGACUAUUUAUAUGAUUGCAGCAUUUGGGGUUUUAUUAACAGUACCGAUUGGAGGUGAACUUUUGCAGUACGCAACGCCCCAGAUUUUGAUUGGGUUUUAUGCAGGUAUACUUGUUUUGGGCUUGCUUGGAGUGAUGACAUCGAGAUGGGCGAUAUUGGACUGGAAGUGGAAGUGGAAAGUGAAAGUAUAA